AUGGUUGAGUGGACAGACUUUGAGCGUUCUACCAUCCAGGAUGUCUUUUCCAAGAUAGAUGCCGCAUCAAUCGGUCACCAGGCACUGGCAAGGUGUCUUGUCGUGUACCCAUGGACCCAGAGGUACUUUGCUAACUUUGGAAACUUGUACAACGCCUCUGCCAUCAUUGGAAACGCCAAGGUUGCUGCCCACGGCUUGACAGUAGUCCGUGGUCUGGAGACAGCUGUGAAGAACAUGGACAGCAUCAAGGCCAAUUUCACUGAGCUGAGUGUGCUGCACUCUGAGAAACUGAAAGUGGAUCCUGAUAACUUCAAGCUACUGGCUGACUGCAUCACCAUUGUCAUUGCCGCCUCUCUGGGUACCAGCUUCACAGCUGAAAUACAGGCAACUCUGCAGAAGUUCAUGUCUGUUGUAGUCUCUGCACUUGGAAAGCAGUACUACUAA